CAAAACCCUCUCUCUCCUCCCCCGUUGGCUUCUCCUAACUCCGGCGAUAUGAGCAACACCGGCAACAGCAGAAAACGGCCUCCGCCGCCGGCGCCUUCGCAACAUCCGCAGCAGAAGCACCAUGCUGCGAUGGAAGACGACGAGGGAGACGAGGACAACUAUUACCUCGACGAAACCCCACUUCCCCUGAACAAAGAAGACACCCAAGCCCUGCGUGAAGCCGAGGAGCGGCUGCAAAAAUGGAAGCGGCCUCCGCUUUCUCAACUUUACACCUCACAGUCUCAGAGCAUCGUAUUUCAACAGCUGGAAAUUGACUAUGUGAUUGGCGAGAGUCAUAAAGAAUUGCUGCCUAAGUCUUCUGGUGUUGCUCCUAUUUUGAGAAUCUUUGGUGUCACCAAAGAAGGACAUAGUGUUUGCUGUCACGUACAUGGGUUUGAACCUUAUUUCUACAUCAGCUGCCCUCCAGGAAUGGGUCCUGAUGACAUUUCGCGUUUUCAUCAAAUUCUCGAGGGAAGGAUGAGAGAUGUGAACAGGAAUAGCAAUGUUCCUUAUUUUGUGCGGCGGGUUGAAUUGGUUCAGAGAAGAAGCAUAAUGUAUUAUCAACAGCAGAAUUCUCAGCCUUUCCUCAAGAUAGUAGUGGCAUUGCCAACAAUGGUUACCAGCUGUCGUGGUAUCCUGGACAGAGGCAUACAAAUUGAUGGGCUUGGCUUGAAGAGCUUUAUGACGUAUGAGAGUAAUAUUCUGUUUGCUCUGCGGUUCAUGAUUGAUUGCAAUAUUGUUGGUGGGAAUUGGAUUGAAGUGCCAGUAGGAAAAUAUAUAAAGAAAGCGAAAAACCUGUCCUACUGCCAGUUGGAGUUUGACUGUCUUUACACAGACUUAGUUAGCCAUGUUCCUGAAGGAGAAUUCUCAAAGAUGGCUCCCUUUCGCAUUUUAAGUUUUGACAUAGAGUGUGCAGGUCGUAAAGGUCUUUUCCCUGAGCCCAUCCAUGAUCCUGUUAUCCAGGUGGCCAAUGUAGUUACAUUGCAGGGACAGGAUCAGCCAUUUGUUCGUAAUGUAAUGACGCUUAAGUCGUGCUCACCUAUUGCUGGCGUUGAUGUUAUGUCCUUUGACACCGAGAAAGAGGUCUUACUUGCUUGGCGGGAUUUUAUCCGUGAAGUGGACCCUGACAUUAUAAUUGGGUAUAACAUCUGCAAGUUCGAUCUGCCCUAUCUUAUUGAGAGGGCUAAAGUGCUAGGAAUAACAGAGUUUCCUUUACUUGGACGGAUCAUAAACAGCAAAGUCCGUGUCAAAGAUACUACAUUUUCUUCAAGACAAUACGGUACCAGGGAAAGUAAAGAAGUUACAAUAGAAGGGAGAGUUCAAUUUGACUUGCUUCAGGUUAUGCAGAGGGAUUAUAAGUUAAGUUCGUAUUCAUUGAACUCAGUCUCUGCACAUUUCCUUAAUGAGCAGAAGGAGGAUGUUCACCAUUCAAUCAUAUCUGACCUUCAGAAUGGGAACUCAGACACAAGGAUGCGUCUCGCUAAGUAUUGUUUGAAGGAUGCUUAUCUCCCACAACGGCUUUUGGACAAAUUGAUGUUCAUUUACAACUAUGUGGAGAUGGCCCGAGUAACAGGUGUCCCUAUCUCAUUUCUUCUCUCAAGAGGGCAGAGCAUUAAGGUGUUAUCUCAACUUCUUAGGAAAGCAAAACAAAAGAAUCUUGUUAUUCCCAAUGCGAAACAGGCCGGAUCUGAACAAGGAACAUUUGAGGGUGCAACUGUUUUGGAAGCCAGUGCAGGAUUUUUUGAGAAGCCUAUUGCAACACUUGAUUUUGCAUCUCUGUAUCCCUCAGUUAUGAUGGCUUAUAAUCUGUGUUACUGUACAUUGGUAACUCCUGAAGACAUGCGUAGACUUAACCUUCCUCCAGAAUGGGUCACUAAAACUCCAUCUGGUGACACAUUUGUCAAAACAAAUUUGCAGAAGGGAAUACUUCCAGAAAUUCUUGAAGAACUGUUGGCUGCUCGUAAAAGGGCAAAAGCAGACUUGAAGGAAGCGAGGGAUCCUCUGGUAAAAGCUGUUUUAGAUGGUCGUCAACUGGCUCUGAAGAUAAGUGCAAAUUCUGUAUAUGGGUUUACGGGAGCUACAGUGGGUCAACUACCUUGUCUAGAAAUAUCUUCGAGUGUCACAAGUUAUGGUCGACAGAUGAUUGAACACACCAAGAAACUGGUGGAAGAUAAAUUCACAGUGCUUGGGGGCUAUGAACAUAAUGCUGAGGUAAUAUAUGGAGAUACAGAUUCUGUGAUGGUGCAAUUUGGCGUCCCUACAGUUGAAGAAGCUAUGAACCUAGGUAGAGAAGCUGCUGACUACAUUAGCGGAACUUUCACGAAACCAAUAAAGUUGGAGUUUGAGAAGGUAUAUUAUCCAUAUCUAUUAAUUAGCAAGAAGAGAUACGCUGGCCUUCUUUGGACAAAUCCCAAUAAGUUUGACAAAAUGGAUGCUAAAGGGAUUGAAACAGUUCGAAGAGAUAACUGUUUAUUGGUCAAAAACCUUGUAACUGAAUGUCUUCACAAAAUACUAAUAGACAGGGAUGUUCCUGGUGCCGUGCAAUAUGUCAAGAAUACCAUUGCAGAUCUUCUUAUGAAUCGUGUGGAUUUGUCUCUUUUGGUGAUUACUAAGGGUCUCACAAAAACUGGAGAUGAUUAUGAAGUCAAGGCAGCACAUGUUGAACUUGCAGAGCGGAUGCGGAAGCGUGAUGCUGCUACUGCACCAAAUGUUGGGGAUCGAGUUCCUUAUGUGAUUAUUAAAGCUGCAAAAGGUGCCAAGGCUUACGAAAGGUCUGAAGAUCCUGUCUAUGUAUUAGACAAUAACAUACCUAUUGAUCCCCACUACUACCUUGAAAACCAAAUCAGCAAGCCACUACUUAGAAUAUUUGAACCCAUUCUGAAGAACGCUAGUAAGGAGCUUCUUCAAGGGAGUCAUACAAGAUCCAUUUCCAUCUCUACUCCUUCCACUGGUGGCAUAAUGAAAUUUGCUAAGAAGCAACUCACCUGCAUUGGUUGCAAAGCUUUAAUCAGUAAUACAGAUCACACACUUUGCUCGAACUGCAAGGGAAGAGAAGCUGAAUUGUAUUGCAAAUCAGUUGCUAAUGUGUCCGAGUUGGAGAAGCUUUUUGGAAGGCUAUGGACCCAGUGCCAAGAGUGCCAAGGCUCUCUUCACCAGGAUGUGCUUUGCACAAGUCGGGAUUGCCCCAUAUUUUACCGGAGGAAGAAGGCACAGAAGGACAUGGCUGAAGCAAAGCUUCAGCUAGACCGGUGGAAUUUCUAAUGAUCAAGACUGGCUGUCUCAAGUUCCAGAAACCCAUCCUCCUCACCUCUGCCUCUUCUUUUUCUGCUAUGAGCCUAAACAAGUCCAAAAAAGCAUGAAGCAGCCAUCUAAAUUCUAAGGUGUCUCAAAUUCAGGAGGAAAUUGUGACUAAGAAGAGAAGACACAUCAAGCUAGCAAUAUUGAAGCAGAUGUUUUGGUGGCUUGACUAUCUGUACAGGUUUCGACUGAUUUUUAGAGCUUAAAAAGAAAAAAGAAAAAGUUACUUUGAAGGUCUUUGAAUGCAAAGUAUCCGCCACUUAAGUAUUGAUCUGCAGCUGAUUAAUGCUUGGUGAAGGCCCACGUUUUGGUGAAUUAAUUGGACUCAAUCCGCUAAUUGAUAGGAUUAAUGUAUUUGCUAAAGUUUAAACCAGAUUAUGCACCUAGGUUGAUUUGUAUUAGCUCUAUCAUUUGGGGCGUGAGCUGUUUUGAGUGCCAUGAAUGCUAACAGAUGCGUAUGCUAAAUGUUUCCUUUCUUUUCCUCCUUAGUUUGCUUUACGUGAUUGUAAAGAUUGGGUCCAUUACAGUAAA